AUGGCAGUCUGCCGAUCGAAUUUAUCGCUCUUAGCUUGUUUUUUACUACUUUCAUUUUCCGCCAUUGUAGAAACACAGAAUGAGGACAGCGGUAAAGUCAAAGAGAAGGAAGCUGCCGAGAAAGAGAGGAAAUACAGUGCGACCCACACGGCAUUCCUGCUUGUUAUGAUGUUUUUGUUGAUUAUCACUGUGUUGACUGUGUGGUUUUUUAAAGUAAAGCGUUGGCGCUUUCUGCACGAGACGGGAUUUUGUAUGAUAUACGGUAAGUUCUCUAUUAUAGGUACCGUAGUUUCUCGGUUAUAUGGCGCACAGUUUUUUCAAGAAAAUUCUGUCUUCGGUUGGAAAGUUAAUGCAGAAAUUGGGGUGUCGUCUUAUAGCAAAGUAUUUGUGCGCAACAAAAUCUUAAGAUCACAAUUUUAGUAGAACUUACAGUUAAAAAGGCAUGAAAAGGACUCUAAUUGUUGAGAGAAAAAGCAGAGAUUUUUGGUCUGAGGUGUAGCGAAGAUUGCGUCAAAUUCAAUCCUUCAUUCUUAUAAACUAAAAAGGAACACUGCUUUCAGAACACUAACCACCUGCCAUAGAAAAGUUUGCAUACGUGCUAAGCAGCACCUGCUCGGUAACAUGAUAUCCAACUGAGGUCCUUCGGUCGGUAGCAUUCUAUGGAUGCACACUUUGUUAUCAUCCGCAGCUCACCAGGAAAACAGUUGUCGGUUGCGUCAUUUUCUCAGCAUGGAUUCUGAAAUGCCAUAUUCACGGGCAAUUUCACGAUUGCUAUUGACUGCCUCGGCUUCAGCAACAAUUUUCAACUUGACGUCGAAGUCAUACGAGUGACGGCGAGCGCUUGGCAUAUUUGCGAUCGAACACGAAGUUGAAGUCUCUGACUGUUUAUGAUGAGAAAGUAUCGGUUAGUUUUGCAACUGAGUUUUAAAUCAGUUGGUUGAUGUUAAUAGAAUGAAAUCGGAUCAUUGAAUAUUUGUUAUUUAAUUUCGCAAAUAGAAGCAUAUUUCGUAAACAGAAAGGCUAAAAUAAACGAGUCAUCGUUUUAUGUUUCUCAUUACAGGUGUGAAAUUUUAGCCCAGGUUUUUACGUAGAUCAUUAAAUGUGUGACUUUUUCACUUUUAUUACUGUGAUACCUGUGGUAGCCCAGUCAUUUUUUUCCUCCGCCACAAAAUGGAAAAAUUGCGCAAUAGUAUCCAGUGGUCAUUGGGCCCUCAACACCAUGACAACUAACUGUGAUCCAAUGAGGGUGAAGGUGUUCACAUGCUGAUCACGUGUUAUCUUGACGAUGAUUGACGUUGUCAUGCACGGACAGGUCCGAGUCACAUGACGAACACGAGAUUUUUGCUUAGAAAACUCUUUUGCCGAUCGUUUUGUAUUUCAACAUGUUUGGAUUACGAUCACCUGAAGCAUUAUAGCGCAAACGCUCAAAAUACUUACAGACGCAUACACAAGUCGUAUUGUUCGCAGCCAAUCCACACUAAAAGAUGUUAUUGAGCGGUAAUUUUGGAACGGAUUGAGUCGCGAACGCUUGCAUGAAAGCCAUGAAAGCCUUGAAUGCCUUGUAUGCUAAGUAUGCCAAUGUCAUAGUUGAAAAACGUACACUUGUUUUAAAAAGCAAAAUCUGAAAUCUGAAACCAAACUGCAUAUACUUUAUACAAUCUAUUGAACAACACUACUACCGUGAGACUGAAGAACAAAACUCUAAUGGAUGCAAACUGCCUGUGAAGAAAGACACCAUGUUGGAUUCACCUGAUGCCAGGGAACGUAGCUACGAUAACAGUGCGAAUGGUAUUAAUUUCGCGAUCAGAAAGGUGAAUCUUAAGUUUGUUUUCAUUGUAGUUGUAUGGAUAUUCUUUUUUAAUAAAUACAUGAUCCAAAAUCCUGUGUUUUUUGUGUAUAAUGUUAUCAUGUUAAGUAUUGUUUACGCAAUUGUCUUGUCACAAGCAGCCCAAGCUCACGUCUCGAGAAAAAGCCAACGAUUAAUUCAUGAACGCGUCACGCGUUGUGUGACUCGGUGUUCAAUUACGAAAGGAACCGUUGAAAAUUUGAACACGUUAUAGGGAAUAGCAUAGAGAACGAAAUAUGGUCGAUUUAAAACGAUAAAUAUUUCGAAAUAUGAACAUUUUGCUCGUAAAAUCAAUAAAACUUUCUCAUACCCUGUGUAUCCGUUGUAGUUUCUGGCGAUUUCUGCCGUUUUAAGCGUGCUUUACCAUCACUGUUAUUCACGUCAUCUACUUUUAUUACGUUGAUAAAAUCUGUACAGAUAUCACACCAACCAACUCGCGCGCAAAGUAAGAAGACUACAUUGAAGGCUUGAAAUUAUAUUACGAUCGAUUUUCAUCAAGAAAUGGGCCAGGAAUAAUCCACAAUAGUGCAAAUAAUUGCGAAAGCUGAUCGCGGAAAAGCGAUUGCGUGACGCUCCGUAAGCUGGAAGAUGACAUAUUAUUAUAUACCAGACGUAAAAACUCUUCAGAUUCUCAGUCUGCAUUUUAUACCCACUCUGCAGUCUAUAUUUUGUAUCCAGUCUGCAGUCUGCUGUCUGCAUUUUGUACUAACAGGUAUCCGUGGCACCAAUACAGUUUAUUUUUGGUUACAUUUAUUCGCACAACACAUACAAUCUACAAAAAAUUCCUGUGUGUGAGUUAAUUCGACAUUUUUGUUCUUUUCCGCGUUAAUGCUCUUCUUUCCUUUUGUAAGCAUGUAGACAUCACUUACAAUGUUUCAAAUAAUCCACCCACCCUACAAAAAAUAACUCUUGCAUGCAUAGCAUGCCUAUGUUUUGAAAUAGGUGUAUGCUCUUGGCCAGACUUGAGCUCACUAUUUCAGUAUACUAGUCCGACACCCGUAGUAUCACUACACUUGAUUCCAAGGAUCCACUACCAUCCAGGUAUCCCAGUUACCCUGCUCACAGGGUCUAGUUUACCUUAGCAAACGAGUUUGCAUGCCAGUUGUGUAGCUGUAACUGUUCUCGGUUCUAGCACUUCCUUUUGUCAUUACGACUUCAACACGGACAAAGUGUGUAAUUCAUUAAGAAAAAGGUGAUGGCGCUUCCACAAACUGGGCCUCAAAGCCGAAGCAGUCGAUGAAGAAGGGGUUUAGUGUGCCUGCUCUGUUGAAGAAGUAGACAAUGAUUACGUGAGCGUUUUCUAUGACGGCUUGAAUGCAGAGUGGAAUCGCCGCGCCUGUGAUCCACGAGAUAGGGAUCGAACAUUGCCUGACCAGAAAAGAAAGCGAAUAAACCUUUCCCUUCAGUGAACAAUGUCUUCACCCAAAGACUUAUGUAAACAAAAAGCUCAAAUUACGGUUCGCUUCAAUUUCUGGCGUGAAUUUGCAUAAUCUUUCAUGGACGAAAUCUUUAUGAAUUUCAAAGAUCAAAACCAUUUUCUAAACUACAUCUGCUUUCGUGGAAAAGGUUGUGGUUAUUCAUCGUGGUGAAUAACAAUAAAAACUAAGUUUUCCGUUUGUCUCACGAUGUAGUCACGUGUGAUGUAGAUCGCGUAUUUAUUUUUUACAUCUGCUUUAUCUUUAUCCACUUAGCAGACAAGGCUUUCAAAAUUGCGUUCAAAAUACCAGCUACAAAACAAAUAAACAAUUUAACGUAGUUCACUUCGAAUUUCUCGAUCUAUCCCAGUUUCUCCGACUGUAUCCAAACAGCUGUGCGCCAGCGCCUGCUCUCUGCGAAAAUUUGGAGAAGCUUGACAUCUCCUUACUUUUAACAAAGAUUGUUAAAAUCCGCUGUAAAACUCUGAUAGUUUUUAAUGAGAGAGACUUACUUUUAGGCAGGAACUGCUUUUUUAUGGCAAAAGAUAAAUUUAAAAAAACUCGCACCUUCUUCACUGUGAGACUUGUGAAUGAAAAAAUAUCACACCCUCAUCUUGCCACGUGUUUGAUUGAAAACGAAAAUAACUCAAAUAUAUGCUCUCGCAAAAACUAGAAAUCAUUGCUUUGUUCGGUAUAUCUUGUAUCAUCAACAUAGUUACACGAAUUCGGCGCUUUUGCAAAGAAGGAUCCUCGUGUUAGGUAAACAUGUUGGUUCUAAAAACGAUGAGCGCCUCUUUUGAAAACAGCUGUGCGCCAGAAAAGAGGUCUUUAAUCGCCUCGAGGCCCUCCACAGAAAACCGUCACUUUCGAUUGUAUUUAACACCCGUAGUAAGACCAAAAAAUAAAAUUUGUACGUUGACUUUUUGCCAGGCGACUUGACCUACAUAUAGAGAGAGGUGGUUUAAAUGAGUCACUGCAAUACGGAUAAAUUGUUUCGAUCGGCCGAUCGAAUUCGCCUCCGGAAAUGUUUACAAAUUCAAAAUAAUUUACAGGCAUAGUUGCAAACCGCACAGCUGAUCUCGUAAAUCUCGAUAAUUUCCUUUCAAUUUCAAAAAGAAAAAAUGUCCUCGGUAAAAAAUAGUCUAUUCCACGGUUGCAGCAGGGACGUAAUCAAUUCGAACUCGUAUCUGAAAUGGAAAUCGUGGUAAGUAUUGUUGCUGGAUAUCCGUGCGGACGAAACGAAAUAACAGUUGUCUUGUUAGCAACAUUAAACUAAGUAUGUCCAGAUAGAGCUAAAUUGAAUACUGGAACAAAUCCUUCCAAGGCUUUCCUCUGACUCCGAAAAUAAUCAUUGGCCGAUUGGCCGAUCGAAACAAUAGCCUCAUGAUCGAUUUCUACUGAGGGGACCCGUGGUUCUAAAACAAUUUAUAGACCAUAACUGACGGUAUGGUCCCCGGCGAGGCUCAGUUCAAAAAGGAGGUAGGGUUACCGAGCUGGUUUUCAACGGUCGUGUGUCAAGGUUGAUGUGGCCGCGGGCUGUUAGAAACCUCUAAACUGGAAAUUUUUGAAGCAAACUGCGACUUAGUGUCGGUUGCACGGGGAAGAUUGAGUUUUUAGCGAAUUCUAAUGAAACUACAGUAUAUGUGCUUGGAUUCUGCGUUGGAUUUGUGGGCGCCCGAUCAUUUUGAGCUUGGAUUUUUCGCUUCUCGGAUCAGGCGUUCGGAAAUGGAGUGUUCAGCCUUGGGCUUUUCUUAUGUACGUUGAAAACCUCGAAAUAAACAACUCGCUUAAAUGGGCUCUUUUCAUCAAAGUAAGCGGUCAGAUAACAAGCGACACACUGUGGAAGUAAGGUGAGGUUUUUUUUUUGUUGAGAAUUUGACGUAUUUUUUAUUCCUUAGAGCGGUCGUAAAUAUGCCCAUACAAACUCUUAUAAUUCCGUCAUGACUGUUAUUGCGCAAGAUGAUCAUCUCACAGCUGGAGCUUGGGCCGCCUGUGGAUGACGUCACGUGGUUGAAUUCCCAGCUGAGUGAAAACUCGUGAAAUUCCGGACUACUAAACUGUGCACCAUUGUCUGAAACAACAGUGUUCGGAAUCCCAUGUCUACUGAAUUUCUGUUUAAGAACUUGAAUAACUGCAAAUGAGGUAGUGUCCUCAAGUUCAUCAACUUAUACAAAAUUUGAGAAAUAAUCAACGAGUGUGAUGUUUACUGUAUACUGAUCUGUAGCAACUUUGCUCCAUGGCCUGUCAGAAACUCUUUGAGAUUACAUAGGCUGACCAGCAUUUUUCGCUUGAAACUGUGCGCAAACUGAGCAUCUCUCAACUACAGCUUUGAUUUCUGAAUUAAAGUCAGGCUAGAAGACGAUGUCUUUAGCCUUUCUCAGGAAUUAAGCAAUUCCUUGAUGGCUGAAGUGUAUUCUUGAAAGCAUCUCCGGCCUCAUAGAUUUCGGAACUAUCACUCUCUGACUCUUAAACAGAAUUCCAUUGUGGAGUGAAAUCUCUUCUCUAUGAUUCCAGUAAUCGCGAACUUGUACUGGGCAUUGCUCUCUUUUCUCUGGCCAUCCCGUUAGGACAGUGGUUUUUAAGGUUUCGAGAACGAGGUCUUGCACUGAAGACUUCUGCAGUUGAACUAGCCUUUCUGGAGCUACUUUGAUGGAAUUAAAGGGGGUGAGUGUUUCAAGUUCCAUAGCGAAAACCUGAAAGUUGUCUGACGUCCACGUAGUAUCAGCAAGUGAGGCUCUUGACACAAGAUCGGCGACAUACAUCUGUGUACCAAGUUUAUUCUUCACCUCUACAUUAAAGCGUUGUAACCGCAACAUCAUUUUCUGUCAACGACACGGAGCCGAGUGGAUGGUCUUUUUAAAAAUGCUCAGCAUCGAAGGUGGGCAUUUGAUAUUUAGGAAGGAUGACUGCCUUGUUAAGAUCUUUAGGGUCCAGGCAAAUCCUGAUCUUGUUUGGUGUGGUUACUACAACCAUACUACUGAUCCAGUCGGUGGGUGUGGUGACUUUCUCCUCGAUUCCUUUCUUCUCCAAGUCAUCAAGUUUGGCCUCGACUCUUUCGCGUAAGGCGACUGGUACUCGACGUGGAGAGUGCUGCACUGGCUUAAUGUUAGGGUCUUUCACAAUCUUGGUAUCUCCAAUAUGGCCCAACCCUUCAAACAUGUCACUGCAAUCUCUCAAAACCUGAUCUCUAGUCAGGAGACUGUUCCUAACAGUAUGAAUAGAUUCCUCUGGAUCCAAUUCAACCUUGAGAAGCUCUAACUAUUCACAGGUCUCAGCUGAUAAUAAGGGUUUGUUAGUACUGUUAACAACUUGGAAUAUCAGGUUCAGGCAGUUGCCUUUUCUCUCUACCGUGAAGAUAAUCUCGCCUAUUGCCGAUAUCAAAGUACAAUCAAAUAGCUUAAGCUGUGAGUUGGGCUUACUUAAAGGGGAUCACCAUUCUGGAGUAGUUGAACCAGACUUCUGUGACUGAUAACAUUGCAAGUUGCUCCAGUGUUCAACUGACACAUAAACUGCUCUUUGUACUUCUGAUCUUUACUAUUUUACUUUUCACUUUAUUUUUCUAUUUUCUUUUUUUUUUUGCGUAUCUUUUUGUCCUGUUGUGUUAUAUUUCUUCAUUUUCGUUUUAUUUCCAUUGUAAUUAAAUGAAGUCAGUAAAAAAUAAAUAAAUAAAUAAACAAAUUUGACCCGCCUCGAUUAGCAUUUGCUAUCCGCAGGUCAAAGGAAUAUCAUGUAAUAUGUAAGAAAAUGAAAAUAAAAGUGUGAAAGUGUCAUCUACUAUAAACGUAAUGCUAGAUGUCAACUGUUUACCACUACCACUACCACUAAUUGCUGUUAUCUCCUCUAGCUGUAACAAUGAUUCCUCUGACUCAAAACCUUCUGCCUCCUCGGCAACAUGAACUUUCUUUUUGCUUGACUGACGCAUGCGAGCGAAAUGAUUCAUUUUCUAACAAAUUCGACGUUUCUCUUCGUGUGCUGGACAAUCAGUCAGCCUAGCAUGCUUCCUUUACUGACCACAGUACUUGCAUUUCCAAGAUUUAUUGGCAGGUUUCUUUUGUAUUGGAGGCUUCUUUUGAUUUGGAGGUUUCUUCCCUUGUGCUGAUCUACACUUAUCACGAACGAAAUUCAGUUCGUCGUCAUCCUUCUUCUCGUCAUUUUGUAUUGAUUUUAACUGCUGAUUCGUUAUUUUGCUUGAUUUACACAUGUCGAGAGCUUUAUUCAAGGACAGAGCUCUUUCUAGAAGCAAUCUAGCUUUUGUACUCUUAUCUAAAAUGCCAAUGACUAAUCUAUCUCGUAUCAUUUCUUCUGUAAGAGCUCCAUACUGACAGGAUGAUGCCAAUUUCCUUAAUCUAUUGACAAGAUAAUCAACAGUUUCGUAGGGUGUUUGAAAACAAGAAUUGAGCACAUACCUUUCGUAAGCCACGUUUCGCUUGGGGAGAAAAUAACCCUCAAAUGCUUUGAGUGCUGAAGAAAUAGUUCCUCACCAGACCCAAAAUUAAGAUCCUAAAAAUCUGCUAGCACUCUUUUCCCAUAACGGAACGGAGCGUUGCUAACCGUACCGGUUGAUUCUUCUGAUCCAAACCAGUCGCUACUUCGUAAUCUUGUUAUUAUUCUCAGUUACUCGGAAUAUCCCCACGGCAAACCAUUGCUGCUGGUACAGGAAAAUUUGCAGGGAAAUUGUAUAUCUGACGUGGUGGGGGAGCGUGUGGACCCGCGGAAACAGUUCGUGGAGCUGGCGGUGGAGGGGCUUCUUCAGUAUCCGACAUCGUUUCGCUUUCCGCGCACGUGGCUGAUGAAGGAAAUCUAUGAGGUUCUUUUACGGACAAAAUAUCGAACAUGGAUACAUUAAUGUUUUGUUCAAUUACGUUAUUGUUAUGCGUUAUAAUACAAGUCUUAAGAUAAAAUAAAUCAAUUUCAUUUAUAAUACAUCGAUUUUGGAUGUCAUACAUCGAUGUUGUGCAGCAUACAUCGCUUUCCUGACUCAUUCAUGCGCGACCUCAUAUAACUAAAAGAUGUUCAAUAAAACUAAAAGAUGAGGAAGCGGAAAUAGAAAUGACCGGAAGUCAGAUUAAACAAGAAGCCCCGGAAACUAACACUUUCAAAAUGGCGGAAAUAGAGGCAAAUGAUCAGUGAAGUUUGAGAAGCACUAUGCAAGGUGCACGGAUUUGGCUGCCCAACAUCGAAGGAUUUUUUACGUCUUUGGGUAGGCUACAGGAAAGUGCAGAAGGGCAAAGGAACGCUGCGUCCUACGACUCGGCAGAAUUUUUUAGUCGCCGUUUACGAGAAAACGAAAGAACUCUUGUCACUUUUACUCGAAGAAUAGAAGAAGCCAUCCCAAAUGAAGUUGAGGUGAUCUCUGAUCUAAACGAACUUGUUUUCCUUGUGAACGAACUUUCAAGGGACUUUGACAGAAUUUUCGAGGACUCGGAACGUUCUACGUUUACUGCACCAUCGUCCCUAAACGAUCGUCUUUCAACUGUGGCUAGGAACGGUUCAGUUGGCAGACCAGGGCUACAAAUCUUACAGCAACAGCUGCAAAUUCUGCACAGUGACGCCAGCUUUCGUUUGGCUGAUAUCGUAAGAAUUCUUGGAUGAGAGUAUUGCUUAUGGCAAAAUUGGUUUUGGCAAGAUACAGACAUGGAAGGAUGAUCCUUCCUUAUCUUACUUUCAGUUAACAGUUGUGUUAUUCUUGGGCCCACAAACCAUUUUUAUUCAUAACUUUUCAUUGGACAUAAAAAAAACACAUAAAAUCAUAAUCACUAAGAGGUUGAAUAAGGGAGGGCGUAACUUGAGGAUUUAAGGAGAAAAAUAUGUUUAAUUGGUACAAUUAUCCAUGACUCCAUGUUUUGCUCCUUUACUGCUAGAAAUUUCUACUGCUCAAAUUAAUACAAAAUCUCUAUUAAUUUCCUAAGCAGUGGCCAAGGAAAAUAUGCCAGUGGACCCUUCAUAUAAAACAAUAAAAUAUUUAAAUCUGUUUAGGUUACUCAGGAAAUAUUCCACGUUCAAAGUUCCAGUUUCAAGUUAUUCAGCAUAUUAACUGUUUCGUUAACAGCAUGAUAAACUCAACACUAACAAAAAAGCUUACAAGAGCUCAUUUACAAGGGUAUAAACUUCUCUGCAAUAGCGAUUAUGCGUGCAAUGUAGCCACAGCUUUACCUCAUAUGUUAUUGUUUUGACUGAUUGCAAAUCAAGACUAGAUCUCAGAUUUUAAGUGUUUAUGCUUUGAAGCAUCUAGUACAUUAUGCCACUAUAACAUCAUGUAUUUUUUUCCCGGCUAUUCAAAGUUUUGCACCUCUUUGUAUUAGUAAGGCUGUUAGAUUUGAUAUUAUAACUGAUUAUUGUUACUGUUUCCCAUUGACACUGUCAUUAGUAAUUUUAUUCUUGGCAUACUGACAUGUAUAGCAGUAACCAAUUUAUGCUAACUGUGUUAAGAGUUCAUUUCAAGUACAUGAAGUUCAUACUGUAAAUCACGAACAGCAGUUUAAAUAAAAAGAAGCAAUCUGUAAUACCACUUGGUAGGCUAUGAUUCCAUCAUGAUUAACAGUUUGGAAGGCUGCAUCUCUAGCUUCUUGCAGUGACAAUUCUUGGUUAUGUGUCAAAGUAGUAAUUGUGUCAGGUACUGAAACUGCAUGGUCACUCUGCAUGUCAGGUACAGGCCCUUCUUCAUCAAUCCCAUGAUGGUCAAAAUUAACAGCCUUGCUCACAAUAACCCGGUUGACAUCACACCAGAGAUGCUCCAUUCUCUGGUUAUGAACAGAUUUUCCAGUGAUGUGGCUGCCUCUACUUAAACCUUUUUCUUUCAGCAUGAAGCAAGCAACUUCUGUGUUUUUCAUUUCAAGAUCACUGCGAACUCUUGAUGGUAAAUUGUAGUGCUCAACAGCUGACUGGUAAUACUGCAGUACAGUUAAAGCCCUGUUGUUGGUUGAUGCCUAAAGGAAUACUAUCAUUCUUGAAAAACCAUCUAAACCACCAUGAAUGAUAAUUUUGUAUGGCUGGAUUAGUUUGUGGUUGCCAUCAAUGUGCUUGUUGGACAUCAUGAAGACAUUUGUUCCACUACACUAUCACAUAUAAGUUAGGUUAAAAUAUGGUGUGUAAAAAAAGUUAAAUCUGCCUAUCUGAGUAAUAGUGGUAAUCAUAUAACUAAAUGAUGUUCAAUAAAACUAAAAGAUGAGGAAGCGGAAAUAGAAAUGACCGGAAGUCAGAUUAAACAAGAAGCCCCGGAAACUAACACUUUCAAAAUGGCGGAAAUAAAGGCAGUUUGAGAAGCACUAUGCAAGGUGAGCGGAUUUGGCUGCCCAACUUCGAAGGAUUUUUUACUUCUUUGGGUAGGCUACUGGAAAGAGGAGAAGGGCAAAGGAACACUGCGUCCUACGACUCGGCUGAAAUUUUUAGUCACGUUUACGAGAAAACGAAAGAACUCUAAUGUCACUUUGACUCUUAGAAUAGAAGAAGCCUUCUCAAAUGAAGUUGAGGUGAUCUCUGAUCUAAACGAACUUGUUUUUCUUAUGAACGAACUUUCAAGGGACUUUGACAGAAUUUUCGAGGACUCGGAACGUUCUACGUUUACUGCACCAUCGUCGCUAAACGAUCGUCUUUCAACUGUGGCUAGGAACGGUUUAGUUGGCAGACCAAGGCUACAGAUCUUACAGCAACAACUGCAAACUCUGCACAAUGACGCCAGUUCUCGUUGGGCUGAUAUCGGAAGAAUUCUUGGAAUCUCCGAAAGAACUUUGUGUCAUCGAAGAUAUGAAUUUGGGCUGCCAGUUAAGUGACACCAAGCGCUGGUCAACGCCUGGUUGAAGGGAGCUUGAGGUAAAGGGGCUUACGAAUCCAGCGCCAUCGUAUUCAGGAAACUAUUCGAAGAGUGGAUCUGGUUCUCCGCACUUUAAGAGCAGCGCAGCAGAUAAUUCGUAGAGUGUACAGUGUGCCAUGCCCCAAUGCGUUAUGGUAAAGUAAAAGAAUUCGUUGAAGUGCUAUUUAGUUAACACUACCUUCUUUCUAACGAGUCUAUGUCUAAAGGGGUCUCCUUUUUUAACAGGUCCCCCCUACACCAUUAGAGCCCACCACCCCUCUUUUCAAAAUAGUCAGGCAGUUUGUUAUUUCUCUAGGGGCAACACCCCCCCUGGUGGGGCUCCUGUAUAAAAAGGAGAAGGCUGCUUGUCAUACUUUUUAGGGUUUAAAAAUGCAGGGUUGGUACCUCUUAUGGUGGUCAGUUCCAAAAGGUCCACAGUGGGAGCUUUUGUGCUACCUCUUAGGUAGGGUCUUAAACAGAAAAAAAUGACAGCCAGGGUUAACUGUGUUGUUUCAGAAUUUUUUCCUCUUAGGGGUGAAAAGCAUAUUAAGCUAUGCCCAUGAAACAGGAUCUUGGUACCUUUCAAGGGGUGUUUUCAAAAUUUGCGAUAAGCACUCCUUUCCUUUUUAUAUGGGAGUUCCCUCCACACAGGGGCAACACUGGUUUUAAAUCUGUGAUACAAGGGAGGUCAGGCUGUAAUUUUGAUGCAUGAGCAUUAAUGCCAAUUCAACUCAUGAUUUGAGAUAUACCUCCCCUAGUUCUAUUUAGCCCCCUCACUAAUCACCCUAACCCAGUUUCCCAUCCCCCACCUUCCCCCAAUAUUAUCCUCAAAAUUCCUGACUAUCAUGCCUGUUACUCAUGGGUGGUCAAAAAUGCCUCUUGUUGUUCUUAAGAUUAUUAUUGUUGUUGUUGUCAUUAUUAUUAUUACCACUAUUACUCAGAUAGGAAGAUUAAACUUUUUUUACAUACCAUAUUUUAACCUAACUUAUAUGUGAUAGUGUAGUGGAACAAAUUUCUUCAUGAUGUCCAACAGGCACAUUGAUGGCAACCACAAACUAAUCCAGCCAUACAAAAUUAUCAUUCAUGGUGGUUUAGAUGGUUUUCAAGAAUGAUAGUAUUCCUUUAGGCAUCAACCAAUAACAGGGCUUUAACUGUACUGCGGUAUUUCCAGUCAGCUGUUGAGCACUACAAUUUACCAUCAAGAGUUCGCAGUGAUCUUGGAAUGGAAAACAUAGAAGUUGCUUGCUUCAUGCUGCAAGAAGGAGGUUUAAAUAGAGGCAGCCACACCACUAGAAAAUCUGUUCAUAACUAGAGAAUAGAGCAUCCCUGGUGUGAUGUCAACUGGGUUAUUGUGAGCUGCUUUUUUAACAUUUUCCUCUUUCUUGAGCACAGUGGAAUUUUAGAUCCAACAGAUGAGGUGCAUCUGUUUUGUAUUCAUCUAGUCUACAUUCCACUGAUUAACGCAAUUAACCAAUUUAUCGGUCAGUGGAAUAAUCAUCCUGUAAGCACAUAAUGCAAUUUCUCUCCCAAUCAGCUCUGGAUACAAGGAAUGCUACAUUUCAGAAAUUCUGGGUAUAAGGCUGUGACUGAUGUGACUGCCAGCAAGGCUGUUAACUUAUUCAAUCAUUAUGGGAUUGAUGAAGAAGGGCCUGUACCUGACAUGCAGAGUGGCUAUGCAGUUUUAGUACCUGACACAAUUACUACUCUGACACAGAACCAAGAAUUGCCACUGCAAGAAGCUAGAGAUGCAGCCUUCCAAACUGGUGAUCAUGAUGGAAUCAUAGCCUACCAAGUGGUAUUGCAGAUUGAUUCUUUUUAUUUUAACUGCUAUUCAUGAUUUACUGUAUUAACUUCAUGUACUUGGAAUGAACUCUUAAUACAGUUAGUAUAAACUGGUAUAUACUGCUAUACAUGUCAGUAUGCCAAUAAUAAAAUUACUAAUGACAAUGUAAAUGGGAAACAGUAACAAUAAUCAGUUAUAAUAUCAAAUCUAACAGCCUUACUAAUAUAAAGGGGUGUAAACCUUUGAAUUUCUGGGAAAAAAAAUACAUGAUGUUAUAGUGGCAUAAUGUACAAGAUGCUUCAUAGUAUUAACACUUUAAACCUGAGAUCUAGCCUUGAUUUGAAAUCACUCAAAACACUAACAAAUGAGGUAAAGCUGUGGCUUCAUUGCAUGCAUAAUGGCUAUUGCAGAGAAGUUUAUACCCUUGUAAAUUAGCUCUUGUAAGCUCUUUUUGUUAGUGUUGAGUUUAUCAUUCUGUUAACGAAACAGUUAAUAUGCUGAGUAACUUGAAACUGGAACUUUGAACGUGGAUCAAUUUUCCUGAGUAACCUAAACGGAUUUGAAAAUUUUAUUGUUUUAUAUGAAGAGUCCACUAGUAUAUUUUCCUUAGCCACUGCUUAGGAAAUUAAAAGAAAUUUUGUAUUAAUUUGAGCAGUAGAAAUUUCUAGCAAUAAAGGAGGAAAACAUUCCCAUAAACAUAUGUAAAGUCAUAGAUAAUUGUACCAAUUACAAAGAUUUUUUUCCUUAAAACCUCAAGCUACGCCCUCCCCUUUUCAGUCUCUUAGCGAUAAUGAUUCUAUGUGUUUUUUAUGUCCUAUGAAAAAUUAUGAAUAAAAAUGGUUUGUGGGCCCAAGAAUAACACAGCUGUUAACUGAAAGUAAGAUAAGGAAGGAUCAUCCUUUCAUGUCUAUAUCUUGCCAAAACCAAUUUUGCCAUAAGCAAUACUCUCAUCCAAGAAUUCUUCCAAUAUCAGCCCAACGAAAACUGGCGUCAUUGUGCAGAGUUUGAAGCUGUUGCUGUAAGACCUGUAGCCUUGGUUUGCCAACUAAAUCGUUCUUAGCCACAGUUGAAAGACGAUCGUUUAGGGACGAUGGUGCAGUAAACGUAGAACGUUCCGAGUCCUCGAAAAUUCUGUCAAAGUCCCUUGAAAGUUCGUUCAUAAGAAAAACUAGUUCGUUGAGAUCAGAGAUCAUCUCAACUUCAUUUGGGAAGGCUUCUUCUAUUCUUAGAGUCAAAGUGACAAGAGUUCUUUCGUUUUCUCGUAAACGGGACUAUAUAUAAAAAUUUCAGCCGAGUCGUAGGACGCAGUGUUCCUUUACCCUUCUGCUCUUUCCAGUAGCCUACCCAAAGACUUAAAAAAUCCUUCGAAGUUGGGCAAUCAAAUCCGUACACCUUGCAUAGUGCUUCUCAAACUUCACUGAUCAUCUGCCUUUAUUUCCGCCAUUUUGAAAGUGUUAGUUUCCGGGGCUUCUUGUUUAAUCUGACUUCAUCACCAGUUUGGAAGGCUGCAUCUCCAGCUUCUUGCAGUGACAAUUCUUGGUUAUGUGUCAGAGUAGUAAUUGUGUCAGGUACUGAAACUGCAUAGUCACUCUACAUGUCAGGUACAGGCCCUUCUUCAUCAAUCCCAUAAUGAUUGAAUAAGUUAACAGCCUUGCUGGCAGUCACAUCUGUCACAACCCUAUACCCAGAAUUUCUGAAAUGUAGUAUUCCUUGUAUCCAGAGCUGAUUGGGAGAGAAAUUGCAUUAUGUGCUUACAGGAUGAUUAUUCCACUGACCGAUAAAUUGGUUAAUUGCAUUAUUAAUCAGUGGAAUCUAGACUAGAUGAAUACAAAACAGAUGCACCUCAACUGUUGGAUCUAAAAUUUCAUUGUGCUCAAGAAAGAGGAAAAUGUUCAAAAAGUGGCUCACAAUAACCCAGUUGACAUCACACCAGAGAUGCUUUAUUCUCUAGUUAUGAACAGAUUUUUCAGUGAUGUGGCUGCCUCUAUUUAAACCUCUUUCUUGCAGCAUGAAGCAAGCAACUUCUAUGUUUUCUAUUCCAAGAUCACUGCGAACUCUUGAUGGUAAAUUGGAGUGCUCAACAGCUGACUAGAAAUACUGCAGUACAGUUAAAGCCCUGUUAUCGGUUGAAGCCUAAUUUGAUUUUGAUUAAUUCAUUUCUACAGUGCUUUUGUCAUUUACCUGGAGUAGGAGGGCAACUCCAACUCCAUCCUGUUUUCAGUCACUCACUUUGAGUGUGUACUCUCGGUUGUCUAGUGACUUGCAAUUCAUUUCAAAUUUCACUUUUUAAUACUUCCUUUAAGUUUGCAAGGUGCAUGUAAUGAUGACCACAGUUGCUGUGGGUGGUUGUUGGGUAAAUUGUGCUAAGUUAUCAUUUUUUUCCCAGGUCUGGUUAUUGGCUUUCUCAUAAAAUAUCUUAGUGGAAAUAAGAGAGAGGCAGUUACUCACACAAACUGUACCAUAAGUACUGCACCAAAGAAGCUGUAUAUCAGCACUUCAAAUGCUUCACUGUAUUCAUGUACAUUGUCUGGAGUAGUGCUGAAUUCCGGCAUUGAUCAGGGAAGUGAGCUGAUGCAAAUGGUAGGUACAGGGAAGAAAAUUUACAUGCUGAUGAUAAACUAAUACAAGAUUUCUUACAUUUUUUUUUUUGUUUUUUAAGUGAUUCAGUUCAAAAAGUAAUAUGUUUGCAAUCUAAUUACUAUUUUUUAAAAGCAGUGGUGCAUGAAGGUCUAUCACAAAAGAGAUAGAACAGGAAAAACAACCUCAAAAUCAGUGGAAUGAAACUGCACACGUCAUGUUAUGUAUGCACAUGCAUACAUAAGGAUUUUUACCAUCAUAAGAGCUCUUUAAGAAUUAAGUAGGACUUGUGCAUGUGCUUUUUUAUAAUACUGUAAUGUACACACCUUGAAUCAAGCAAGUCUUUUCAUCAAACAAACAACAGUAUGACACAAAUCAAACUAGUCAACUGCAAGUGUUUUAUAGUGAAAAAAAAAGAAAAGACAUAUUUUGCUCCCAUGACAAAUGGAAAGUACAGGUAAGAAAAAUAAGUUAGAGUAUUGAACCCUUUUCAACAGUAUAAAUAUUCUCCAUAAUAUUCUCUAUAAACUUCCUAACAUGCCGACAAUGAGAAUUUGUUUAACAAUCAAUAGCUUCUUUGGUUGGUGAUCUUUCCUUUAUUCUAAUGACCUUAAUGUUGGAUUCAGGGGUAACAUUGUAAGGAGAUAUUAAGUACUAGUCACUUUAAGAGGUCAAAGGGUGAAAUACAUUUACUGUUUUUAGAGAAAAAACCAUGACAUGCUGGGCACAAAGGAUCUCAGAAUUUUUGCUUAAUAUAUAAAUGAUCAUUUAGUAUCAGAAAGAAAUACUUUGUUGAUCAGAAAUGAGAGUUGAAAGCCUUUUGAAAUGUACAUUUUACAUUUUUCUUCUUUUUUUUCCUGCAGGCUGUAUUUGAUCCUGAAAUAUUUUUCUAUGUUCUACUGCCACCAAUUAUUUUCUAUGCUGGAUAUGACAUGAAAAAGGUAAUAACUAAGUUAACUUUUAUUAUAAUCUACAUGUAAAUAAAGUUCACAUCUCUGCAUUUACAUAAUUAUACAGUAGUAUUAAAGCACGCUCAUGUCGCUUAAGAAAAUUAUUAAGAGCAAACAGAGCAAGCUCCAUGACCUUCUUCCUGCUCAUAUAAUCAGUACUUUGAACCUAAGAAAAAAAUGAGAGUUUAGGCCCAUAUUCAAGAGGAAAAAAAUUUCCAAUAGUUUUCUCACUUUAAUGACCCUAAAUCCUAAACUAUUUUACUAAAAUUUUAUAUUCAUUUGACAUAUUUAGUUUACAAACGCGACAGAUAUACAAACAAAUUUCUCUACAAACUUGCUUCAAACCACUAAUAGUUCUUUUUAAUGUUAUUAUUGCUAUAAACUUUGGUAAUAAUUGUAUUAUUCAAGUUUUUAGUUUCAGAGAAAUUAAAUUAUAAGUAAACUUUUUAUUUGUUUAUCUUUCACACCUUCUUGUUUGGAAUAAGUACAACAUUAUACAGAUUAUUAUUGUAUAUCUAUAAUACACUUGCAGCGCUUUUUCUUCCGGAACAUUGGUGCCAUCCUUACAUAUGCAUUUGUUGGAACAACCAUCUCAUGCAUGGUGUUUGGGUGAGUAGAUUUGACUAGAUUUAGUACGUACACCGUACUGUGUAACUCAAAGAUAAGCGGUGGAUAUCAAAGACUAGCACAGUACCAUACCCUCAUCUGAAGUGUAUGUAUUUGUGUACAGACUGGUAAUAAAACAUGUUAAGAUGAAGUAUAUGUGCUACUGUUAUUCAUUGUUAUGUAUCUUUUCCUUGUGUGCCAUUGUGAUCCACAACUAAAGAGAUGGUAAUAUGAAAGAGCUGGUCCACAAGCAUGAAAUUCAUGAAAUAAUUAUGAAAAUUGCCGUGUACAAAUUGUUGAACAGAUGUGCGGGUUAAUUUGGAAUCUGUUAUACUUUUCUUUAAAGUUAAGAAAGAAAUGGCUUAUGAACAUUAAGCACUUGCUGCAACAGUGCAGCUCUAACUUUUUGUUUGAUUAUAUAAUAGUAUUAAACAGGAAUAGUAGCUGAUGAGGAAACAACAGCCACAUCCCAGAAGUCUCACAAAUUUAAACUGCAAAAUAGCUUGUUCUUUGAUUAAAACAAUUUUAAUUUCUUUUCAAAUAAGUCAAGUCUACAAUGAUUGUAAUAAGAAGGCAAAGAGUGAUUUUGACAUUGCAAAUACAUAUGUCAUUGAUUAUUUGAAAUGUUAAUUAUUCAAAAGUGGUGUUUCGCAGCUGCUAGAUUUUUCACCACUUGAUCAGUCUGCAUGGCUACCCUUCUUUCUUUUCUUCUUUGCCUUUGCUCUAUAGCAAGGAAACAAAAUACACUUCUAACAUGUUAACUAAUAUUAUCAGUUUUUCCUCAUAAGUCAUUUUAAAAAAUUGGUUCAAUUUAACCAAUCACUUUCUUCUCAGGCACUUUAAGUUUCCACCAAUACGUAACUUACUCUGUUAUGAAUACAAAAUGACACUUGCACGCGAAUAAGAUUGAAAACUGAACUAGUGUAGCAUAUACCUAUGUACUCUUACUUGAAACCAAUAGAGGAGCAUAUGUAGUGUGCAUGCAUUAAUUAGAAUUAAAUCUCAAAAACCAAGGUACUGUAGUUAUGCAGAUAGGCUUCAUUGUCCUAAGUAAGAAUUGCAGACUAUAUAUACCGUAGUUAUUCAGUUAUAAGGCGCACGGUUUUUUCAAGAAAAAUCUGUCUUUAGGUGGCAAAUUAGUUCUAAAAUUGGGGUGCGUCUUAUAGCCAAGUAUUUUCGCACAACAAAAUCUUAAGAUCACAAUUUGAGAAGAACUUACAGUUUAAAAAACACCAGAACAGGACACUAGUUGUUAGUCAUUGACUUUUAUAGAUUUGGUGGUUCUGAAAAGAACCGGGGUGGCUCUGAAAAGAGCCGUUGAGGUGGUUGUUGUGUUGUUUGUCUUGUCGCCUAGUCUUCCUGCUCGCUGUCCGUGUCGAACUCGUUCUCUAACUCGUCGUCUGCUUCAUCAGCUCCAGCCCCUUCUGCUAACCAUUUUCCUGAAUCAAAUUACUCAGCUUGGUCCUUAAGGACUGCAAUGUUGCAGCCUUGUUUUCAGGCACCUUCUUUUUGGACUGGUCACCUGUGGACCCUGACUCCCUCAGUUAAACUUGCGGCAGCUUUGCAACCACAGAAAGUUCUAAAUGAAAUUCCAUAUGUCAUGUGUGAAAAGAAGUACAAUCAUGACAACUAAAAGCUCCAAGCAAAAUUAGGAAUAGAGCUCACUAAUUACAUACAGUUCUUUUAUCAGUGCAGUGAUAAAAUUAUCCUUAACAUCACUGACUUGACCAAGUUCCCAGUUUAAAUCACCAGACCUUACCCUUCGUAUAUGGUACAGGCAGUUAGUUUAUUGAUGUAAAAUCACUGAUUUGCUGGUAUUCAAUUGGGAAACAUCAAAGUAAUUAUGGAAUUGUGGCUCCAUUAUUCAAAUAGAUACUAACUGAUAAAGGAUUGCUUUAAUCAUUGCACUAAUUAUCUGAAGGUUUUUUAAAUGGCCUUUCAUAAAUACCAUUUUUAUUAGAACAAAUAUAUAUAACUGAAAUACCAACCUGCAAUAGUGUGCACAAUGUUUUGGUCUAGUUCAUGGAACCUUUUGCUGUUCAGCUCCUCUUUUUUGUAAAAGAACAUCAGGAUCAUCCUGAAGGAUCAUCAACAACACACUGCAAGUAAUUUGCGAGUUUAAAACAUAAUGAGUAUGGCAAUUAAUAGUGUAUAUAAUGUUUCGAAGCGCCUUUGAUGCUUUUAAUCUGCCCUGAUCUACCAGAAAAUCAAGAUUACUCAUCUAAAGCGGCUAGAAUCAUCCACUUAAUCACGUUGCAAAUUCACACUUCUUAAGUGAAUAUGUCAUUCAAAAAUGGGUGACUCCGCUGGAUUCUCUCAUCUAAAGACUCUCCCUAUUGCUCUGAUCGGUACUACACUUAUAUUGGCUUUGAACUCUAAAGGAUCGACUUUUGACUUGCAGUGUAAGAAUGACUGCAAAUAUUCGCAAACUCUUGACUCUUUACUCAAAAACAUUCCUCAAGGAGGGCCUCAAUGGGGUUCACCGUAAGCUGUUAAAUGGCUGAAAAUUUAGUCGUUAGGCGUUAAAAUUGAGUAAUUUUAACCGUUAGUAGAAAAACAAGUUAACAAUGGAAAAAUUGUGUUGACAACGAUGGCAAGACAUUAACUGUUAGCCAUAAAUCAGCCAAAAUUUUAAUUGUUAGCUGAAAAAGUUAUCAUCCAUCAAGGCUCCCCUCAUUGUCAAUUAUUCGUUUGAGGGAAACGCGGCAAAUUCCAGAGCAAAAAUAUAUGUCACACCUAUUAAAGACAAAGUUCGUCGCAAUUAGCUGUGUUUGUAAUUUUAAUGAUUUCUACACGCUAGCUCUUGACAGCUGGCUUCAAAAUGGCUUUCGUUAAAUUUCUUUCGCAUGAUUUGAGGAUUGUUCGACUCGUCUGGAUUUGGAAAAGUUCUGCGAACUACAAAUAAUUAAACCACGAGGCAGGCGUCUAGCAAAGAGCGUUUCCAAAUUGAUUGUCAGUUCUCGCAAUGCGGUUGGCUGCGGCUUUUACCAAUAUACCUCGCAAUUACGCGUCAAUUUCCGGUCAAAAUGGCGAGAUAAUUACUUCUUUCCUUUCGAAAAAACAGUCCGCAUUUUUAAUUUGCAAAAAAAAAAAAAAAGCAAUUGUUUUUUCCUUCACGCGAUUCAAGAACGAUUUAUUUGCAAACUUAAUUCAUUUAAAAGAUUCUGUGAAAGCUAACCUAGAAAUGUCUUGUCAGGCUAUACAUUUUCCAACACAUAAAUGACAUGAGCAACUCACCAUGAAUAGAUAAAAUUUUGCCUUCCCAAAGUUCUGCUUUAUACUGCAUUACACUGCGUCUCCCACUGCAAAGCCGUCCCAAGCAGUCACUGAUCGUGAGGCUAAAGCCUCCAAUUGCGUCGGAUUUAAUGAUACAUUGCCAGUGUUUGACCAUUCAACAACUAAAUAAUUAGCCAUCUACCGGUGGCCGGUGACAAGAAGAGGAAAAAGAAAGUGUGAAAACCAAGAAACUUGAUCAAACCGGGCCUAGAUAUGUGGUUUGGGUACCGCGUUUAUUAUUUGAAUCUGAAAUCUUUUCAACUAGCUCACAAAACGAACCUCCCAUACAAGUAAAUUUUUAUAACCUUUAACUUGCUUGAAGUUCUUUUUCAAGACAGUGACUUAGUGUCCGGCAGAAAUGAACAUAACACGCGAACCACGACUUUCAUGCUGCUGAUUUCCUGUUUGAACUUUUUCGAAUUAAAUCCUCGCAUUUCUGCCUGUUCGGCAGCACUAGAACUCGUCUCGUCGAGAAUGGUCUAUUUAUCUCUGCGCUCAGAAACAUAUUUUGAUUAAACAAGUGUAUAUGAUUUAUAAAAGAACCUUAGGAUCGUUCUUUUUUCAUAUGAUAACAGUUGGAAACACGCCGGAAAGGUCUUUUGCGUGAUUCAAUUUCAGCCUAAAAUAAAAUGCUUAUCACUUGGACAUUGAAAAGGUGAUUUACCACUAUAAACCAUGAGCAUGAAUGUAUCACGUAACUUUCAAAUUAGGGAGUUCUUUUGCUGUUCUCUCAAAAGACUAGGCGAUUAGCUCCACAGUUCUUACAAAAUGCGCACUGCAACCGCAGAAAGAACGGACGGAUCAUGUUCGAUCGCUUUUUCGCGCCCUUUUUUUUCUUUUAUUAAGUCCCGGAAGUCAACCUCUAAGCAGAAACUUCAAAGGAAAUGAGUGAGCGGCGAGGAUACAAGCGUUCCACCUACAAACAAUGGCUUCACGAUUCUUCUCAGACAAACCCCGAGGUUACAAAAUGGCGCGAGGAAAAGAAAAACGUUUGUCUCUCUACUGACCUAAAUGGAGAGGGCUCCGCAUGGAUCGACGACGACCUGGCUCGAAGAGAUUGACAACACUCAGUGCAGUCGUCCUCAGUUUGAUCUUGAUUUUGACAAAUGCUCUAGCUGCAUUACUGCUACCUCUCAAAAUCAAGAUGUUGAUACUGAAAGUGUAGUCACCAGUGCCACAUCAGAUUUUAAUUUUAAUGACGAUGAUUCUCUGACAAAGAUGCUCGGCAGUAUAAUGGAAACUGAACAAAGAUAGAUGCAGGUGGAAACAGCUAGUUAUAGCUUUGACAUGGACUUCCCAUAUUAACUUUUUACUAGCCUUUAAAAAGGUAGCUUUUGGCUAUAUUUUAUAUUUUCAGUAUGGUGGAGAAAGGUAGUUUUUAUAUAGACUAUCUUUUAACUUUGUACAUUAAAGACAGGUUUCAGAGAGGCUAUGAAAGAGGUCAUGAAAAUGAAGAUAGUGUUCAGAUAGCCUAGCUUUUGACUAGCCAUAGUGAAGAUAGCUUUUAGAUGGGUUCCCUCUUUUUAUUAAGAGUUGGUUAGUUGAGAGAUAUGCUAACUUUGUACUAUCUACUGAGUAGGGAUAGUAAAAGGAUAGUCUAACUAAUUGCUAUCUGUCAGAAGGAUAGACAUCAGUUAGCUUUAGGGUAGGUUAAAGAUAGCAACUACUAUCUGCAAAUUCAUGUGGAUAGUAAUAACAUAGCGUUUUCCUGAAGUGAACUAGUAAUCAGAUAGUGGCAACUAUCCUAGAGCUAGUAAUAAACUAGGAAAAAGAUAUGGUCAAUUUUGGGAGGGAACCUUUUUAUACCAAUCCUAGAAUAAAGUAAAGCAAAACCAAAGCAAUGCUGGAUAAAUAAGGAAAUUUGCUUUUAAAGUUUAAGAAAUUCCUUUAAUAUACUUUUACAAUACUUCUUUACAGUACUUAUUACCAACUGCUGUUUAAUGUAUUUGUUCUGUCUGAUAAACAGGGGGACAAUGUAUGCCUACACAAAGAUUUAUCCUCAUCAUGUAGACAAAGAUUUUGAUUUCCUGGAAUGCCUUUUGUUUGGAGCUCUGAUAUCAGCCACAGAUCCAGGUAUGUUGGUGUGAAUCAUUCAAACUGGCUGAUAAUAAUGGUAAUUUACUGUGGCAUAUUUUGUAUGUUUGGAUGCCCUUAUAUGGUAAAUUAUUGUAGUUCCACAAAACAGGUGUAUAUGGUUUCCUGAGUUUCAUGAUGAGUACACUGUGUCCUAUUUUCAAAAAAAGUUAACUGCUCAACCCCAGCCUACCAGAUGUUCCAUUUCAAUUUAUCUUUCUAUGCUAUGAUAGAAUUAAUCUGAUCAAAAUGCUCACGGUAUGAAUUUAUUAUCUUUAUUUGCUUUUAACUCCCAAUAGCCUGAACUUCCCAUUGCUCAAACAUUUUUAGUUUCUCUCGAAGUUUCAAAUGAUUGGGAGGCAACUCUACUCCAUCACUAGUUGUUAAAAGUAGCUCUUUUCCAUUACCCCUCUCCCCCUUCAUUCCCCAACCCCUCCCAGUGUUGAUUCUCUUGUUUGCACCUUUUGUAGAUCCACCAUAAACUCAAAUGUAAUAUUACUGUGAUUUGUUUUGCAGUAACAGUGCUGGCUAUUUUUCAUGACCUGCAUGUGGAUGUGGAUCUGUAUGCUUUGGUGUUUGGUGAAAGUGUCAUGAAUGAUGCUGUGGCAAUUGUUCUCUUCAGGUAGGAAGCAGUGUGGGUCAAAAUUCGGAUUAGAUAUUUAUUGUUUUAACUAAUAGAAUUAUUUGUGUCAAGUGCACAGCACAGUUGAUGAACCAGUAAUUGCUCACUCUUUACAAACAAAGAAAACUACUAUAAGUUUUUUCUUGAUGAUAUUAAAAACAAAUCAAACACAGUGCUUGGGGCAGCUCUUGUGAUAGGAAAAUAGAUUAUACAGCAACUGUAAAGAGUAUGUUGAGUACAGAUAUUGCCAUCUCAAUUCUUACAACAUGUUUGACAAUUACUUAAAGGUAUCUUGGGCUGUAAAGUAAAAAAUUUCAAGGCAAUUUGACUGAGAAACAAUGGAUUGGAAGACCCAUUGAGCCACCUCCUAAAUUGUCCACGGUUAAAUCAUGAGUUAUUAAUUUCUUUAUAAUUGAGUGUGAACUUAACAUUUACUUCUCUCAACACAAGGAAUUUUUUGUGAGAAGAAGUGCAACUGAAACAUACCUGUACAUGUAUCUUCAUGCAAUGUCAAGUAUGGUUUGAAUUAACAAAUCAAGAAGCCUUGACUGUGCUCUCUUCUCUUGUAAAGCACGCAGGAAGCGGCUAGAGCACGAAAGAAGUGAUCAGGGAAACAUGAGACGUAGUCAAAUAUUUCUCCCUUCUUCUUUAGUAGCGAGAAGUCUGGGAAAUGGUCUGACAUAGUGCAAAUUGGUAACUGGCACGACAGCUUUAGCUCAGCUUUUUGUUUUGUACUAUCACUGGUAGUAGCACGCUCUUUCAACCAAUGACAGUACGCAUUAUAUCCGAACUUUUUUUAUAAAUGAAUUAAAUACAAAUUCGAAGUCUCGAUUGUUCUUUAAUACUGCUUGCCUUUGCAGAUCUGUGGAGACAUAUGUGUUGGAUAGCGCAGGCACUGGAUUUCAAGUUGAUAAGUUCUUUGAGUCAGUGGGUGUCUUCAUUGGUGUUUUCUCGGGUUCGUUCUUUCUCGGUUUUGUUAUGGGUCUUGUUACUGCUCUUGUAUCCUUACAAAAGUUUAUUCAACAUAAUUAUAAACAAUGGAGGAUAAAAUAUUGGGACACUUACGGAAUCUUACAAAAACAAAAUCCUUCCCCCCUCCACUCCCCCCUCCCCCCCCCCACAAAAAAAUGAUGAAUUUUGUGUUCUUUGAAAAUUUUACUGAGAUGCGGUGACUAUUUUUGUUUUGCGGGAGGGGGGAGGGAGAGGGGAGGUUCUGCAUUUAUGCCUGAAUUGGCAAAAAGUGUUGUUUUGUAUUAUAUUUGGAUAUGGAGUUUGUUGUCAAUAUCUGUCCCAAGGAGUUUUGAUGUUCAUUAUGAACAUUUUGUGGUUUUAGACCCUUGACAUCACAACAAAAACAGGUGACAAAACUCACCAAAAUCUCAGAAUUUCCUCUCUUAGAGACGGCUUUGUUCUUCCUACUGUCAUGGACCACAUUUCUUAUGGCAGAGGCAGCCAAUCUAACAGGUAAGUGUCUAAAAGUUCAUUAAAUACUAAGAUGAUGGAGAAAACCUUAUUAUCUAGGUAAUCACGGUGAAAAUAAUGUUAGGAAUGUAGUAAAUAAAGGAAGCACCAGUUAAUACUUCUGCAUAUUUAUCUUUAUUAUAAUAAAUUUGAAAAUUAUUACUUCUCAUUUAGUAACAUGCAAAAAGACACCUGAUGGAUAUUUUGUCAUUAAAGCUCGACUAUUAAUAUAAUUGUAACCAUUGAAAUUUCCUCAAAUGUGAUUGGUGUAGUAGCUACUUUAUUUUUCACUAAUUAUUCUGUAGAGUUGUAAUUGGACAGUGUAAGCGAACAGUUGGCUUUACAUUCUGUAAUCGAACACCUGUAUUAAGACAGUUAAGGCAACCAAUCAUAUUAGGUCAACUCAGCUAAAUUUACCAAUCACAGAAUUGAUUGCCUGCAAUCAUACUCGUAAUUAUUAAAUCAAAUGGUCGUGUGAUUGUUUGAACACUCGCGUGAUUACAGACUGAAUUGGACUCCACUCAGUCCUACAUGUAUUGAUAUUUUAUGUGUAUUAUUAUUGUCAUCAUUAACAUUACUGUUAUUAUUUUCAGUUAUGUACAUUGUUGUUGAAACUGUGCAAUCACUUUCAUGCUAUUUCCCUCUAGGAAUUGUUGCAGUUCUUUUUUGCGGAAUAUCUCAAGCUCAUUACACAUAUAACAAUUUGUCAGAGGAGUCAAAACAGAACACAAAACAGGUACUGUACUUUUAAUAACUUUGGCUUGUCAUUUACAUGUGAACCGCACUGAUCCUCAAAACAUAUUUUUUUAAUAUUAUUUUGUUUAGCUUCAGGAAAAUCAUACACUACAUGAUACCGGGAAAAGUAAAUUAUACACCGCAUUCGAUGGUCUAACAAAUAACACUCAGUAGCAGCAAUGAACUAAAUAUCCGCUCGCAUUAUGUGAUUUAAUUCCACUAUUAUUUCACUAUUUAGUACCUUGAUUCGAGUUUUGCGAAAUACCUCCUACCGCCUUAUCUUUGCAUCAUAUCGAUUGCAUAAAGAGUACGCAAAAGACGAAAGGAACACGAACGAAACCGCUACUGUGUUUUUUUGGGACCAAAAAAAUAUCUGUCGCGCUUAAGACUUCGUUUGUUUAAACAUGAAGUCUAAAAAACGAAAAAAAAAAAUCAAAGUUUGGGUCGCUCAGUGCGGUCACUGUGUUGGUCCGUAGUUUUGCCCUGUUCUGUAGUGAAAUGCUGUGGAAUAAUAGAUCUCUCACAGCUCUCUCUACCAAAAAUUACAAAGCUAACCUUCAUAUGUUUUCCAACAUUUCUUUGCAGACGUUUGCAUUCUUAAAUUUUCUAGCGGAGAGUUUUAUAUUUUCAUACAUGGGGUUAUCUGUCUUCACCUUUCAACAUCACCAGUGGAAUAUUGGAUUUAUAUCAUGGACAUUUGUAUCUUUUUUAUUAUAUUGAAGUGGUGACUGGGAAAGUAACACCUAACACUUAUAACUUCUGAUCGUUCGAAAAUGACGUUCAAUGAACAACGUUUUGAUUAUUUUGAGGCAUUUUGACGGGGCUGUGUUUCUGGUUUGAAAAGAAAGAUUGAGAAAUAAAACAAUAGCUCCCAUGUGAAUCUGUAGAAAACAUUUUUAAACUGUUAGCUUUUUAAAUCAAUUGUUUGUUUCUCUAUUUUAUUAUUAAUUUUUAAAGUUUAAGAUUUGCGAUACUAUGAAUAAUUUUCACAAAUGGGCUUAAUUGAAUCAGAGCUACAUGUAGAAGAUGUGAAGAGCUUUGAAGAGCGGUUAAAAAUCGGAGAUUAAAGCAAGGGUACUGUAUUUUAUGUUGAGAGAGCAGAAUCUUUUGUUUCUGUGCUCACUUUUUGUGUCUUAAUUUAUUGCUUAGAAGUUUAAUUGGCCAAUCAGUUUGAAAGGAUCGUUAAGCUAAUGAAUGUUGUGUACCGCAAAGGUACCUACAAAAGCAUGCAACAGAGACAAUUUCUUGGUUUUCCCUUCUUCUUGCUGUUGUUCACCAAUUGAUACAGUUUGUUAAAGAUUAACAUACCUAAGCAAGAGCCUACUUGGGUCAUGCUGUAAUGAUAUCUUACUGAUUGAACGUUCCUUAGCCAAUCAUCGGUUACUGAUUCUUAACUGUUUGAUGUACAGCUUGCCAUGACUUUGGGAAGGCUUUUAAACGUUUAUCCAUUGUCGUUUUUACUUAAUAUGAGAAGGCACAGAAAGAUUAGUUACAAAUUUCAACAUAUGAUGGUGUUUGCAGGUGAGUAAUCUGAAGGUUGUUUUUCAAGGAAAAGAAUGUAGAAUUAGGGUAUCAUUGUUGAUGAUGGUCAGUGCACUGAGUGGAGUACAAUUCGAUCUGAAAUCAUUCGAGUGAUCAACAAAAUUGGACAACAGCGAAACGGGAGUUCGAUUUGUUAACUCUGUAGAAAAUAGAAAUAGAAUUGGAAGAAACAAAAUCCUAUUCGAAAUUUACCCAUAGAGUACGAGCAGUCCCCCCUUUUCGGCGAAGUCCAUCGCGCGAUUCAAAAAACAAUUGAUGUUAGCGCGUCCCAAGAGCUGUUGGAGUGACAUCGAUACAAGUAUGUAUCAAAGAUUGUGAUACACUGUGUGUUAAACCUCUUUUAUGAAUAAAAACAAAACACGAGAUAAUGAAUUGGUGUAGAGUUCGUGUUGUUAAACGCCCGAAUUUUUCUACUUAAAAUGGUGGUAAAACUGAAUUAAGCUUACUCACGGAGAACUCGGGGGAUUAAUUUCAAAUCACUCGAGGGUGUGGCUGUCGCUUUUUUCAGAGUGACAGACUCAACUGUAACUACCGGAGGCAUUUUACUGAGUUGAGUCAUGCCUGCUCACUCAGGAUUUGACGAGGUAUUAAGUGCUCUUUUUUACUUACAAUCUUCCAUAAAUGUAUCAGUGUAAUUUUACACCUUUUAUCCGUUCAAUGAAGGUUUGCGAGGUGCCGUUGCAUUCGCUUUGGCCAUGCGCAACACGGAAUCAGUUCCUCGUCAGAUGAUGUUGACGUCAGUACUAAUUGUGGUUUUUGUAACUGUUAUUUUCAAUGGAGGUACUACCGUGUGGGUACUCUCACUUUUGAAGAUAAGGUAG